UCUAAUAGAGGUCAGCAUGAACACUUCAUAUUCUGCGCAUAAAAUAACAGCAGAAGAAAAUGUCAGUGAGCAACAGCAAAAAAUUCUAUAUCUAAAGAGCAAAAGUAUUCUUAUGCAUUGAUGAACUUGCCCUCCAUUUAACAUAUACACAAUCAUACAGUUGAAAGCUUCUACAAUACGUUCCUUGAAGCUCAACAAGAUUUAAAAAUAAACACUGAUUACAUUUUCCAUUUACUCUCAGGACUUCAUCAUCAUUAACAACUUUCAAUUGAAACCUCACUGGCUUUCCAAAUUAGAAGCGUUUGCAUAUUUAAAUGCAUAUGAGCAGAUCAUUUUGUUCUGUUAUCAGCACUAUUAGGAAACAAUAACGUGAAACCCUGUUGAAAGUGCAUUGCUCUGAGUCUGAACUCAGCAGUGAGCUUCUAUCAUGAUGGUCACUGAUUGUGCCAUUGAUCUUUGCAAUAAACAGGUUAAUGAGUUUCCUUAUGUCUUCCUCACCCUACCUAUCUCUUUUGUGAUAUGAUUAUUUAAACUGGGUCUAUGCCUUUGUUGAAGUUUAAAAAACUGCUGAGUAAUUAAAUCCUGGGAAUGGUUAUAACUAAGGGCAAAGUGCAGCUGGCUUCCCCUUUGCUUAAGCAGCAUGUGGAUGAUGUAACUUCAUGUUUAAGCCAAUGGACGGCUUUCUGCUUAUCAAGUUACAGUAGAUAAAAUAAAUAAGUGUCACUGGAAGAGAAAGGAGGCAGGAGUGCUGGCUCUGUGCUCAGUUACAGUCAAAAUGAAGAACAAUUCUACAAAUUUGCGUGUCCGGCUCCCUACACUAAUUUUUGCAUUGGAGGUCAUGAUUGUGGUCCUCUAUGUUGUCUUUGUGACGUACGAUGAUCAUGCUAAUGCACUUCUACAGAACAACCAGACACGGCCCAUGGAGAAUUCAUUGUAUCAAAACUAUCCAUUUUUUGCUGACAUCCAGGUGAUGAUAUUUCUUGGAUUCGGCUGCCUUCUGGCCUUUUUCCGCCGCUAUGGUUUCGGUGGAAUGGUGUUUAACUUCCUAAUUGCCACAUUUACCAUUCAGUGGGCCAUUCUGGUCCAGGGCUUCUUUCAAUUUUACUAUGAUGGAAAGAUUCAUCUUGGUGUGCUAAAUCUGAUCAAUGCAGAGUUUGCCUGUGCCGUUGUGCUGAUCUCUUUUGGAGCAGUGCUGGGAAAGACGAGCCCUGUGCAACUCCUGGUGAUGGCCUUGCUUGAGAUUCCUGUGUUUGGUGUCACAGAAUGGGCCGUCCUGAAAUACCUGAAGAUCAACGACGCUGGUGGCUCGAUCCUCGUCCACAUUUUUGCCUGCUACUUUGGACUGGGUGUCACCUUUGUCCUCUACAGACCCAGCCUAAACGAGGGACACCCAAAAGAAACGACAAGUUACCAGUCGGAUCUGCUAUCUGUGAUGGGAACCCUGUUCCUCUGGGUGUUUUGGCCAUCUUUCAACUCAGCGCUGACCUUCAAGGGUGACGACCAACACCGAGCCGUCCUUCACACGUUCAUAGGUCUCAGUGCUUCCACAAUCACUGCGUUUGCCCUGUCCAGCAUGCUCAGCAAGAAUGGCAAAAUCAGCAUGGCCGACGUGCAGAACGUAACAUUGGCUGGUGGUGUAACUGUUGGAGCCUCAGUGGACAUGAUGAUUUCACCAGCCGCUGCUUUUGUACUGGGGAUCCUGGGAUGCAUUGCGUGCAUGCUGGGGUACAAAUACCUAAGCCCGUUCCUGGCGCGUCGGCUGCGAUUGCAGGAUCAGUGUGGCAUACACAACCUGCACGGCCUAACGGGACUCAUUUCCAGCCUAGCAGGAAUCUGCGCAAUCCUGGUGGCGACUGAGGAAACGUACGGCCCCAGUCUCUACCAGACCUUCUCUCAUCGGGCACCUCCAGAAGGAGACCCUCUGCUAGCGAAGUUGCAGGUAUUAAUCCCGGACCUGGAAGCGGGCUUGGGUCGGAGCGCACAGGAACAGGCGCUCUUUCAGGUGGCAGCCGUGUUCGGGACCAUUGCUGCGGCGGCAGUGGGCGGUUUGCUGACUGGAGUAGUUCUCAAGCUACCGUAUCUGGCUUCCCCCAGUGAUGAGAAAUGCUUUGAUGAUGAGCUCUUCUUUGAGGUUCCUCCAGAUUACAACUGCGUAAACGGGCCACAGGAUGUGUGGUCUUACGUUCUCAGAGACACAAGCAAAACUGAUGCUGACUGAAAAAAGCUGCACUUGAAAAAGACUGAUGUUUGACAAGAGCAUUAAAUAGAAGGAAUAAAUCUCAAUGUUGGACUAGACCAUAAAAUAUUAUGGACUUUAGAACUGAGUACUGUGUAACUUGCUAAAUGGUGAUUUUAUUUACCCAAAAAGUGGUUUAUUUUAAUAUUUGAUGGGAUAAGGUUCAUAUACUGCAUUUUUUACUGAAAUAUAUAAAGUGUAUGCUUGAUUUUGAUAAAAUUAUGUCUUUGUAAGAUAUUCAUUUUUUUAUGAAUCAAAUAUUUCUAUAUACCAAUUAAUUUUCCAUUUAUAAAUUUUAGAUUACCCUUAUGAAAAAGAGGUACACUUUGGAAUACUUUUUAAAAGAGUACUGAUUAUGGAAAUAAUAUACUUUAAAAGAAAAUACUGCAAACUAAAUGUAAUGUUUUUGGAAAAUUAAUUGCAUGUUAUACGCAAUUAAAUGAAAAUGUAUUAUAGUCUAAAUAUUAAAUGCAGUUAGCUGAACUUUAGAGUGCUUUUUGACCCACAUCUUUGUGUAAUUUCAUAAUUACUUCUAUUAAUAAAUAUGGUUUAAGUUUAUUGCUGAAUGCACUGACAUAUAUAAGCGGUAAACUAAAAUAUACUUUAAUGUAAUUUCUAUUGAAAAUUGUAUGUCAUGUAUUUAGACAUUUGUAAUUUGCAAAAUUGCAAAGAUAUUACCUUUACGUGCUUUUGUAUGUUAGUCAACACAUUAAAAUAAGUGUACUUUAAAGCAUGACAAAACAUUAAAACAAUGAUUUAAAAUGUAUUUUAAUUUAAAACAUUUGACAUUUUUAUUACAAGUUUUGUACUUACAUGUCUUGUCACGAAAGUAUACUCUAAGUUCAUUAAAAUGGCCUUUUAUUUAAUUAAUAUUAUACUAUCUGCAAACAAUUUUUUUGUAUUUUGUGCGCAGCCUUAGGAAUCUGUAUUUCUCGUUGAGUAACGGCAGCAACACUUCCCUCAUUGAACAAAAGAUAAAGCAGUACUAAAGUUAAACAGUUAACAGUUUAAAAUCUGAAAUAUGAAGUACAUUACAUUUACAAGUGAUAAUGUUAUCUUGAUGAAAAGUUAUUAACAGGUUGAUUAUAUUUCUCAUGCACUAUCUCUUCUAUCCAUUUGUUUAGACAGAUACACACACAUACACAUAUAUUAAGUAUAUUAAGAUAGGAUAUAAAUGCAUGCAGUUAAAACAAAAUCAUGUGAUAUGGAAAAUCAGAAUUUAGAUGCUGAUUGAUGACACUUUCUCAAAAUAUGUCAGUUAUACAUGGAUUAUAACCUCAUUAAAAAUGGAGAGGAGUUGUGAAAGUGAUUUUUUUUUUUUUUCGGUUGUUUUGGAUAUCUGCCAUUGAAUUGAAUUUAUUUUAACUAUAUCAAUUUCAUAUAUGUGUUGAUGGUCUACACUGAAUGUGAAUGAGAGACGUUAACACUUUAACUAGUAGCUUAAUGUACAAGACCUUAUUGUGGCUGUCUGGGUAACAAUUAGGGCUAAUUAUGAAAUAAAAAUUGAAUAUGACUUUUUAAUCUUUAAAACGGUUACAUGCCGAAGAUGUUGGGAAAUAUUACUUAGGGGUAAAUGGGGAUAUAGCUUAAUAUUAAAUACAACAGUGGUGGAGGUAUGUCUGUAAAAGAAAAGGGUAGACAAUAUAGAUGAUUCAAUUUGAAAAGAUUUAUUUUUCCAAGUACAAAGUGAAAAGGUGAAAAAAUAUUUAAAAUAUUUACAAGAGACGAAUAAGAACAAUACAACAACAAAGGUGGGAGCGAGCCUACAGUUGCAAAACAAACAAACAAAACUAUCAAACGAAAAUGUAGAAAAGUCUUCAGCAUAAAAACACCCUAACUAAACUACUCUAUCCAAAUAAACAAAACAGAGGGGAUGUCACCCUCUCCUAAACCUAGUGUGUCUAGUUGGACGUUCCCAUCUGGUGCAAUCAGUGUAUGUUGCUCGACUUACUUACCCGCUGCCUCCUUCCCAGCCAGACUUGAGAGGAGAGACAGAACAAACGCAGCUGUGUCAAAACUGUACGUCCACAAUAUUAACACAUUUCGGUCUAGUACACACAUAUACAAUAACUCCAGCAACUGCAAUAAACAAGAACACAAGCUCAAGCAAACAAGGGGGUGUGUACGGGCAAACCAUCAACGAUACAAGCAAAAAAAAAAGCUGUCUGUCUGUCGACAGGGUUGUAAAUUACGGGCAUUUAUACCGGAACGUUGCAAGGUGCAAGGUGAUUGGCAGCGUGAACCGUGACGUCAUCUUUCAUAUUGAAGAGUGACAGGCUGUUCGUCCAAUAGAAUCUGAAACACAAAAGCAGCGUUUAAAACAACAACAACAACAACAAAAACAGGUACAUUAGAUUAUCUAUUUGAUCUUGAAUUCAGUAUAUUUUAGUAAUAAGAAUUUUACUAAUUUAAAAUAUUUAUUAUGUAGAUAUCGUUUAAUUUUGCUUUAGAAAAAACAGAAAUAAUAAGGAAGAAACAUAAGAAAACUAUAGCCUAUAUAUUACAUUUAUAUAAUAUUAGAUUAAUAUUACAUUAAUUUUAUAUAAUAUAUUACAUUAAUUUAACAUUAAUGUUAAGGUAUAUAUUACACAUGAUAUAUGACAUUAAUUUAUAUAUUAUAUUUCAUAUUUACAUGCUGUGAAAUGACUCCACCCGUGUUUACAAAACGCUAGUUUCUGUAAUUUAUGUGGGAAUUAUGCAAUAACAGAGCAGGUUUAUCAACGAGGAGGUAUUCAUAGAAACAAAAGCACUGCAAAUUCUGCAAGUAUAACUACACUCGAAAAAAGAAACUCAAAAUGCUCCUUGACUUUUAUCUACAUCACGAAACGAUAGGAAACCCUGCCCCCUAUCAGCGUCCAUUUUGGGGAAAGCAGGAAGUUGUCUUGUUGGGGGAAACCUCAUGACAAACAUAACUGAGCUUCUUAAAUAUCCACUGAUAUAUACAUCGUUAUUUCUUUUUGUUUGAAUGAUUGUUCGGUGUAUUUGUUGCUCGUCUAUAGGCGGAUCUGACCGUUUGUUUUGCAGUUGUGUUGAGUGUCAAACUUCACACGCGCGUAGCAGAGGUCGCGACGACAACCGGAGUCCUAAAUAAAACCAGGCAGUAUUUGCCAAAAGCAGUUCUUGGUCUAAUUACGAGCAGGUCAGAAUGGCGGAUGACUUCGAUGUUGAGGCCAUGCUGGAAGCUCCUUAUAAGAAGACUUGCCUAAUGAUAUCUCACCUCUACUCCCCUGAAUACAUCUUUGAUUCCAGUGUGAACUGUGAAAAAAAGACAAGCUGUGAGACAGAGAUGGCAUCGAGCUCUCACAGUCCAACAGCGCUAACUGGAGAAGAUCACAUGGACUGACAGCCUCGACUCUGGAAUGCCCUUUAGCAUCUCUAUAGCAUGACAACAGCAAGACUUAGGCUUAAAAUAGCAGGGGUGAAAGCAAGUCUUCUAGCGCCAAUGGUCAUAAUGAGGAACGCAGCAAAAAGAAAAGACGCAGCAACAGUCGUAGUCCGAGUCCAGGCCGCCGGAGGAGUAGAA